AUGGAUCGUGGUGUACGAAAUAAUUUACGUAUACGGUUAGGUGAUAUUGUUUCAAUUGAAGGCUGUCAAGAUGUUAAAGAUGGUGAACGUAUACAUGUUUUACCUGUUGAUGAUACUGUACAUGGAAUAACAGGCAAUCUAUUGGAAGUUUAUUUAAAACCAUAUUUUGUUAGUAAACCUUAUCGACCAGUACAUAAAGGUGAUGUUUUUAUUGUACGUGCAGCUAUGCAUGCUGUAGAAUUUAAAGUCAUUGAAACUGAACCAAGUCCUUACUGUAUUGUUACACCAAAUACAGCUAUACAUUGUGGAGAUAGUCCAAUUAAACGUGAAGAAGAAGAAAUAUCUUUAAAUGAAAUUGGUUAUGAUGAUGGAAGAAAUGUGUUUUGA